UUAUUUUAUGUAUUUCCAUGACUAAAAGUUUAAAGAAAUUGUUAAAAAUUGCUUUUCUACUUCUCUAGUAGUAACACUUGUUUGUUGGGUCUUAAUCUAGUCAGAAAUUUAACGUGUCUGAGACUUUUCAUGUGAAAUGAAAGCUCAGGCACAAACGUGAUUAUAAACGGUUAUGGCCGCCGCCUUAGCAUUGCUAAUACAUUAAAACUAGCAUUAAGCUGAGUAAAAAUAUGACUUUGAACCUUUAAUAAUUGAUAAAGCCUUGGAGUCUGUAGAGACAGUGCGGGAUGCUGCAUCGUAAUGGGAAAUCUUUUUGGCAAAAAGAAACGAAGUCGAGUCACAGAGCACGACAGAGCUGUUUUGCAACUGAAGCAGCAGAGAGAUAAACUGAAGCAAUAUCAGAAAAAGAUCACACUGCAGCUAGAGAAGGAGAGACAGCUAGCCAAGCAGCUGUUGAAAGAUGGCAAGAAGCAGAAGGCUGUCCUGUUGCUUAAGAAGAAACGCUUCCAGGAACAACUUCUGGACAAGACUGAGAACCAGAUAAGCAACCUGGAGCGUAUGGUUCAAGACAUUGAGUUUGCACAGAUCGAGAUGAAGGUGAUCGAAGGACUGAAGGUUGGCAAUGACUGCCUAAAGAAAAUGCAUGAGGUGAUGUCUAUAGAAGAAGUGGAGAGGAUCAUGGAUGAGACCCAGGAAUCCAUUGAGUACCAAAGGCAAAUCGAUGACAUUCUGGCAGGGUCUCUGACUCAAGAAGAUGAGGAUGCUGUAUUAGCAGAGCUUGAGGCCAUCACUCAGGAAGGUGUUGGGCUUCCUGAGGUGCCGGAUGACCAGUUACCAGAGAUUCCAGAUCAAGAGCCAGAGCGGGAGAAAGAAAGGGUGAAGAAGAAGCCAGAGAGAGAGCUGUUGGCUUUGUAGAGCCUCAUCAAUGCACUUUUAUAUUGUUCCUGUAACUCCCAGGUGUAGAUGACCACUUGCUCCUUUCAAGAAAAGAAACUUGUCAGACACAUUAAAGAUAUAUCCAUUAAACAGGGGAGCUUCCUUCUCGGCCCAUCAGAAAAUCUUCUCUCAAAUCUGCUGUUCGUCAUAUUUUCCACUGGACAAUGCCACAUAGUUUACACUUACUAAACCCAAUCUGAAUCUGUCCUUUUCCUGUAUAACUAUAGCCGAGUUUCCAGGUCUGACCUUUUACUUGCAGCUUUGCUUCAUAUAAAUCGACAGACAGCAUUGCUCUUGUUACAAAGUUUGAGAAACCUUAUCACACUCUGCUGUGUGGUCAUUUUUUUUUCCAAAUAGGAAUCUGGUUCUACUGACAAUUCUGUGAAUCAUCUUGCCAUACCACACUGUCCAAUGGAAAAGCGUUCGAUUCUCUCUUGUGUAUUUGUCCGAUGAAAGUUUUUUUGUUGUUGUUUUUUCCCUACCAUUAAUUUCAUAAUUCCAUAAUACAUCUCUAUUAACCUUAAACUCUUCAGGUGAUACUGUUAAUAUUAACUUUGCGGUCUAUUAUAACCUAACCCUAUAUGGAAACCUUCUUGGUAGGUAUAAGGCACUUUGUUCCCUUUAGAUCAGUAGGGAACAAUUUCAUGUAUUUAAUUAUAUUUCUGACUUGUAAUAAAUUACAUAUGAGACAGUAUCUUGUCAGGUUUUUAGGCUGAUAAAUGUUGUGUAAAAGCUCCUUCACUUUAUUAACUCUGUAAACAGGUGCUUACAAUACUCUCGUGCUUUAGGAGGAUUGUGUCUUUUGGUUGUAUUUUGGUUUGGUUGUAUGGUUGUAUUCCUGUUCAGAGUAAUCUCCCCAUUUUAAUGUUCUUAACAUCGCCAACAAAUGCUGACAUACUUCAAAUUUUCCAAUUAAAUUUUUUUUAAUCUUUCUGAUGUACUUGAGUCUUUUUCCCUGAUGCAAAAUGUAUUUUUUAAGAAACUGCAAUCAUAUCCAAGUGAGUCCUUCCCCAUCGUCCACAAGCCAAUAAAUAGACUUUUUUUCCCCCUCUGAUGUAUCUCUAUUUUGUUGGACUGUAUUCAGCUGCUUUGCUCUCACUGCUGCCCAGCAUAGUCUUGAAGGUCUGAUUCUGCAAUUUAAUUUUAAUAUUUUGCAACAAUAAAAUUAUUUUUAAUCA